AGCGCUAAAGCCGAGCCUGGAGAGGAGCAGGCUCCGGGCGCGGGAGAGGCUCAUUUAGCUCCCCCGACACCCCGCUGGGAUCUCCCUCGCUGCGCUCUGGGUCCCCCGGCAGAGUUCUGAGAAGGAUCAUCAUCAUGAGUUCCAUGGAAGAAGUGGAAACUGAAGAGACAGUAACUUGUCUCCAUAUAACUUUGUACCAUCCUUGCCAAGAAGAAAAGCAGGUGUUUCGCAGCUUAAAAUUCCACAAGCGAGAGCGGCGCAGGGUAGAUGAAGUGGCAAAGUUUGGCCGAGAUUCUAACAUCUGCCAUUAUAAUUUAAUGGAUACCCGUGUUUCCCGGGUUCAGUUUACCCUGCAGUUUUUCAGGCAACUCAACAGCUCAGAACUUGGUUUUGAGAUAAAGAACAUGAGCAAAAAAACCAAACUAAUUGUGGACAAUGUGGAACUGGACUACCUAAACAAAAUUGACCUGCCAUGGAAAUGCAUCAUUCGCUUUGGAGACUACCAACUCUUAAUGCAAAGACAAGAUGGGGAAUCAGUGGAUUAUUUUGAGACUUGCUUUGAGUUGGCCCAAGCUUCACUUUUGCAAGAGAGACACCUGCCUUUACUGCAGCCCAUACCUGAGUGUGGCAUUUCUCCUUCUUUGGUCUAUUCCCAAGGAGUAAGACCAAUAGAGGUGGAUGAAAAUGAUUUGUGAUAGAAGGGAGAAGGUUGCUUUCAACAGUGUCCAAUACCUAAUUCAGUAUGACUUCAGAGGACCAAAUCUUAUCUCCUCAGUGCACUGCAUUUGUUUUGCUUUCCACAGUUGCCACUGUUGUGUUAUGUAUUCUUCCUCUCUUGCACACUCUGUUUAAACAUAUCAGAACUUACUUGUUUACAAACGUCAUUAGACCUGCAUCAUCUUUAUUUAAUGUCCAUCCUGUCUCCUCCCCUCCACUGUCUUAUCACCUUCUGUGUUUGUCUGUGAUAAAUCCUAAUCAGAGUUAGUGGAUCUUUGCCUGGGCCUAAAGGCUCAUGGUAGCAGAUCCAACUGUAGGACUCGGGCCAUAGAGCAUAAGCUUUUUUCAGACAGGGUGUACCUGUCCUAUAGUGCUGCUAUUUGGCCAGGUGUCCUGUAGAUGCUCCCUGCCUCACUUUCCCCAAGUAGGCUAUCCGUAAGUUAAAUGAGGCUUUAUUUAGGGAAUAGCAUCCCUCUGAGGGGGUCUAGUUUAUUAACCAGAGCCUCAAUGAAAAUGCAUCCAAACCUUCACUCCAAUGUCUUAGCUGGGAGACCAUCAAUCUUAAUUUAUCCAUCCCACAUGAGUCCACCAGUCCACUCCAGCAGCUCUCUCUGUUCAGGCUUCUUGCCACGAUCUGGGAAGAAUUCUUUCCCCAGAAUCAGAUCUAUCAGCUGUAGCUCUUCUCUGUAGCAGCAUGUAGUUUCUGACAGCCUGGCCAUUCUGUGUCUCAGGCUACAUCUACACUACGGGGGGAGGGGGGUGUCGAUUUAAGAUGUGCAAAUUCAGCUACGCAAAUAGCGUAGCUGAAUUCGAUGUAUCGCAGCCGACUUACCCCGCUGUAGGGAUGGCGGCAAAAUCGACCUCUGCGGCUUCCCAUCAACGGCGCUUACUCCCACCUCCGCUGAUGGAGUAAGAGCGUCGAUUCGGGGAUCAAUUGUCGCAUCCCGACGGGACGUGACAAAUCGAUCCCUGAGAGGUCGAUUUCUACCCGCUGAUACAGGCCGGUAGUGUAGACCUAGCCUAAGAGUGCACCUUCUUGGCUCUGGUAAGCUCUCCUCAGGGGGCUUCCUGUCUCCAGGAACCCCCUCCUGAACUUGUUGCUCUGGUGAACUUCCUGUCUACCAGAGCAACAACUAUCACCUCAGCUGAGGACUGGUAACCCUUUGUCAGGCUCAUUAGCUAAUCAGCUGUCAACUAGGCGCAUAGGGAUUUCUUUACCUCUAGGUGGAUUUGAGUUGGCUUGUUCUUCCUUUCAGGAGCUUGUCACAGAGCCCUGACUCUCCUGAAAGGGCCAGCCCCAGUAACAAAAGGUCUCUCAUACAUUUCUGUUUAAUUAUCCCUGUAAAACACAAUGCAAAAUCCUGGCUUUGUAAAUAAACCACAAAUGGCCAGGAUUAAUACACAAAUUUGUUAUGUUGCAUUCUUAACUUUGAUACUGAAGUGCAAUCUGUAUUCAGACUGAGAUCCAUUUUCAACCCUAACUUUGAUGUUAGGGUUGAAAAUGAAACUCAAACUUUUUUUUAUUCAUAUUUUGUGAAAAUGGAGCUAUUUAGUUGGUAUAUUUAGCCUCACAAUGUGCUAUAAUAAAAAUGCUAUUAUAUCUUCAAAGAUGAGUGUAAAUAAAAUAAUGUGAAUGUCCAGUUGAGGUUUUAUUAAAAAUGUUUGUAUGCCUUA